CAAAACUUUUGUUCAGCUCAGUUUCUCCCCAGAACUUCAAUCCACUUAUCUUAGAUUAACAUGUUGAUUUUUAGGCUUCGUUCAAAAUCCAUUAUUAUUUAGUCAUUCACACUUCUGGAGUCCACCCAACCCCUCCUCCUCUUACUCCUCCUCCUCUGCAUCCCUUUCAGUCCACUUGUCAGCAGCAGCAGCAGCAGUAGCAGCUCAGAGCCGCUGCACUGUUGCAAAGUUCAUGUCCAAGCGGACCGCAAACCCAGUAGGGUGACAGAGUAAACAGGUGGGGAAGUUGUUUCUCUGCGAAGGGACUGCGGUUUUCGUUUAUUUUAAGCUGGCCUGAAGUGAACUGAAUGAAAACAGAGAAGCCCCCUGCCUGGAAACCACCGAAGAACUAAGUGGAUUGAAGUCGGCAGAGAGCAAGUGAGGGAGUCCGAGAGGGAGGAAAAACAGAAGGGAUUAACAGCUAAUCCAGUGCAUGGACAAUCCCAGAGGAGUUUUAUCUUUCUUCCAAGACGAUGCAGACAAAACAGUCGCUGGAUUACGACACUUUACUUGAUUGCCGUUUUCUAGGCAGUGUCAGCUCCCUUUUCCCUUCACUCUGAUUGUUUUCAUUGCCUCUCAAAGGUCUACUGUCUUGGGUGAAGAAGGACCAGGGAUCAGAGGACAAAGCGUUGGGGCGACAGGCCUGGAGACAGGAUGUCCCAUGGCCAGUGUGGUGCCACACAUGGAUAAACCUCUUUAGUGGGAGACGGUGCAUAGCGGUGGACCCCCCUGCUCUCUCUGCUUGGACUUUGAGGAAGACAGGACAGGACUUAUCGGAUGAGACACACAAGAUCCUCAGAAACUGAGAUCUAUUGAACACACGCACAAAGGACCCACUGCUAUGGACCCUGAACUGGAAAUCAAUCUUGACUGACUUGUAAUCAGAGUUCAGACACUUGCUUUCAAAUUAAAAGGGAAAUUACAGAACUUUUUGGCCACCAUGAGUCUGGGAAAACUGCCAGGGAUUAAAGGCCUUGUGCCUGGCUCUCAAGGGAAACGUCGUUUCAAGAGCGACCUCUCUGUGGAUAUGAUCAGCCCACCGCUUGGAGACUUCCGACAUACUAUGCAUGUUGGCCGUGGCGGAGACGUGUUUGGUGACACUUCCUUCCUUAGCAACUAUGGCGGCACCAGAGAGCCAGGAAGCCCGGACUCGGCAAACAGCUCCAAGUCAACCGGGUUUUUCUCACGCAACUUUCGGCAUGUACGGAAGAACUCUGGGCCGUGGCCGAGAGGGGGCUCCCGUGACUUGACAUCCCCGCCGCCAGACAUCUCACCCAUCAUCAAGAACGCCAUCUCCCUGCCCCAGCUGAACAUUGACUCCCCCAAUGGGUGCCUACAGAGGAUGAUGUUCCCCAGCUCUGUUAGCUCAGCAGAUGACUCCCUCUGUACAUAUGGUCUGCAGUCUGGAUUUGUCACUCUGCCCCGCCACUCUCGCCUUGAUAGACAGUUUCAAGAUGGAGAUGUCGGCACCACACUGACACGCUCAGACUCCUUCACCUCGUUCACUGUAGACCUCGGCCCUUCACUUAUGACUGAGGUACUGAGCUUGAUUGACAACCCCAGCUGCCUUCAGAUGUCCAAUCACAGCCAGGCAGCAGGUGAGGAACAGGAAGAAGAAAGUGAGAAAGAAGAAGAUGACAACUCUCUAACAUCGACACCUGUGCAGAGCCCUGGGGUGACUUCACCCAACCCUUCCAUGGGCAGCGGGUCGCUCUGCAUGAACAUUAACAACAGGAGGAACUCUGGUAGCUCUGACUGGACAGAGCAAGAGGAAGAGAGGUCGUCUCUGAGGACACCAGAUGCGUCCAUUGGGUCUCCUCAGAGAGUGGAACUUGUAAUGGAGGCAGAAAGGUUUCAGAGGGCAGCUGAUGUGUUGUCUCGUCAUUAUGGUGGCGGGUCCUUCACAAGGAUGCGCAACAACACCCCAUCUCCUGCUUUUUCCUGCACCCGCAAAACACCGUACGCCUUCUCUGAAGAGGAGGAAGAGAUCAAAGUCUAGAUGUAGAAACUCUUUCUGGAACAGAGCAGAAAUGUUAUUGGUCUAAUAAAAUCAUAGAAACUGUUCAGUGACCUGAGUUCUGGGUUCAUUGGAAGUCAGAAAGGAUGAGAAGUUUGUGAUUUUCGAUGGUUCCUCCACAGAAAGAUUCUUCUAAUUCUCACAUGCAUCUACAUGGGGGCAUCAUUGAGCAACUACCAAAUCCUGGUCUGGAUGGAUGUACAGUAUGAUGUUGAACUUGGACCUGCUUCUCUCUCUGCACUACAUUGUUGCCAUGGUUUUAUACAGAUUAUUUAUAACAAAACUAUUCUAUUAUAUAGUAUAAGUCACUGAAUGAAUCUAAAUCCAAUGAACUGUUGAACUGACUGUAAAAUGCUCAUCUUUUAUUUCAGUAUAUAGACACUUAACACUCUAUAUAAUCAUGAUGUUCAACAACAAAAUGUUAUUUACAUAAAUAAAGAUGUUUAGCUUUGAAGGUCUGAGGUGUCAACUGAACUGGAAAUUUGAGGAACAGCAUUUGGACUAUAUGUUCAUGUUACAUACUUUGUAAAUAAAUUAACUGUUAUUAGGAAAUAAAAUAAAUACUAAGACAGUUGUACUAUUGUGAUAUUCAUUUGAGGUUGUUGUGAUGACUGAAGCUGUUACAUGUUGCAUGUAUAUAGCAUUGUGUAUUUAACAUUAAAAGUUAUUUUCUAAGAAUACAAGGCUGAUUUAUAAAAGACUGAUUGACAACAGACAGAAAUCUCUGCUUACAUGUUUUGCUGUAACAAUGUAAACCCACAUCCUAUGAUAGUCUAUUAUAUAACCACCGGUGUGUAUGUGGAUAUCUCCUCUGGUUUCUCCUGAUCAUGAUUAAAUCAGUAAUAUUUACUACUCAGCACAGUAAUAUACCAGGAUUUGGUAUUCAAAUGCUGUAAAUCAUUAUAGGUCAGUCCACAGCUGUUCAGUUGCCUAAACAAACAGUCUGGUCAUAGUUAGACAUUUCAAUCCAAACUUUGGACCCUGAAUUAUGUUAUUAUGUCUUGCAUCCCUGAAAUAAAGCAUAAAAAGCCUUGU